AAAUCGAUUAGUUUUCAACCAAAAAAUCAACUGAUAUUCUAUUUCGAAAAAUAUUUCACUUAUGAAUCCUAGUUCAUUAGUGUUACCUGUUUUAACAAACUUUGUUUUAGUGGAAAAAUAGAUGAAAUAAAACUUAAAAUCGGCUUGCAACUUAAAUAAAAGUUCGGAGCAGGAGGAAAUUUUUUGUUACCACCAGCGUGUUGAUUAUUUGCAACCAAAAAUUAAAACUUGUAUUAGUGAAAUCGGCCACUUAUACUAGCGCAGAUAGGAAGGUCUAUUGAUUUUGUAAACAGCUUUUUGACAGUUUCUUAAGGAAUUUCAUUAAAGGCUCAAGUAGAGUCAAGAUGAAGAGCAUUAAUUUUAUUUAUUUUUGUCGAGCAGUUUAAAAGGAGUUUGUACCGGGUGGUGUAGGGCACAGAGUACCAAAAAAAAAAUCGCUAGUGUUAGAAUGUCUAAGUAUGUGUUAUUACUGUAUUUAUGCUAUACAUUUAAGCUAUAAAACCCCCAGCUGUUGUCGAGGUACGAUGCUGAUCGAAUAAACUAGUCGCGGUAGGUUCGAGUUCCGGCUUGGGAGAAGACUAUUAUAGCGAAAUUUUUUCUACCACCAGCUCACUCAGUUUUUACCUGGAGCCAGUAAACUGUUGUCAAAACCCUUCUUACUCGCUCGAUUUUGACCCAGUAUUGGCCUGGCGUGCUGCCCGAAACGCACCGCAUUUUUUCCCAGUUUUAGCCUACCUGGUGCUCAGUUCGUAAACACGUGCUUAAUUCGUAAACAAUUAUAUGUAGUUUCUUUAUUCCUGUGUCAAUUUGCACUGAUUCAGUGAACUAAAGAAAAUCUCAAAAUGUCAUCUGUGUCAAUGUGAGCAAAGGUUAUAUAAUCGAUUAUCCGAUAACCGGAAAAUUUAUCGGAAAUUUAUCGAUUUUUUGCGGAAGAUGAAGGAGAACGAUUAUUUCGAAUAAUGUAAUCGAACAUCCAUAAAUCGAAUCUUCAGUAGAGGUGGUCUAAUGGAGAGAAUUAUUGGAUAAUUCCAAUUCGCGUUUUUGUUGCUGUAGUAUAUCAUUUAUGCUACAUGACGUCUUAUAAUUUUUUAUUUCAUCUGUCUUCUGUGUAAAAAUCUGUAUUUAAGGAAUCUCCAUUGCUACUCUAUUAUUACUACAAAGGAAAGUAAUUCCAAUUCAGUUUCGUUCACUUAUUUUAAUCAAGCCAAGUAAUUUGAUGGUGCUCACCCAAACCAAUGUCGGAUCAAGAGAAAAAAUGACAAUAUAUUGAGUAAUACUACUGCGAAGCAACAUUUUCUUCACGAAUUCAUAUAUUUUCAAAAGUUACCCAGUUGUUGGUGCUGAAUCUUGUUCAGAAUUCUCAAAAGCCGGAAGCUCUCCGCGAACUGAGAGUACAGCUAGGCAAAGUGAAUAGGAUGCUUUCAGAUAAUCCCAAUUAUUUCGACGAAGAAGUUGCAGCUAAUAGCGGUGCUUCAUGUGAAAGAAGUUUCUUCUUGUUUAGAAAACGCAAUUCGUUAGGCAAACUUCCAUCUACAAAGCAGCCAGAUGUAGAACAUAAACAGCAUGUAACUCAAAGAAACAGUACCAAUUCUAGAGGAUUUCCACGUUAUCGUAGCAACAGCACUACUGCAUCACAAUCGAAUUCAUGUGCAUAUAGUGCACCAGAAUACUGUAACGUUAAUAGUAAUGAGGAAUACUAUCUUUCCGAAGGUGGUUCCACUCAGGAGGAAACCAAUAUAAAUGUAAAUGCAAAUCAAAGAAAUGUGCAUCCCACUGGCCAACAGGAGUUAAAUUGUGUGGAUCCAUUUAAUGCAGAAACUAGAAGACACUCAAUCGGAACAUUCAAUAGAAGAGAACAGCCACAAAAAGAAGAAAUUUUAGAUGAGGUUCCAGAAAUGAUGGCCCCAAAGGCUCCUUUUGAUUUGUAUGGUGAAGAAGCUCAUUCACUAACAACGAUGGAUGAUAUAGUUUUUAUCACAGCCCGACAUAAUGAGCAAGCGUUUAUGUGGGCGAAUCAUUUAAAAACAUGCUUUGACAAAAUCACGAAACAAAGAGGAAAGCUUCCUUUUAAAUUUUUGCAUGUCAAAAUUGAUGAAAACCAAAUCGAUCAAAAAUUAGUGCUAAGAUGUCGCUCUACGAAGCUUCAAAUAAUUAUUGUAUGUCCCGCAAUUCUUACAUUAUCAGCACAGUAUUUACAUUCGACCUUAGCAUUAUUAUUAAAGCCAGAGCAGGUUUUGGGUAUAUUGCUAAAUGUAACUGAAACGCAUGUAUUCGAUAUCCAUAGGGAUACCUUCCCAAGUUAUAAUAAAUGGCGAAUCUGUGUUGCAGGAGACCAUGAGCAAUCAUUUUUGAGCGAACUACUUGGUAUUGCAACAGAUAUAUUAGGAUGUGCACUACGUCAACAGCCACAAUGCUCUGAUCAGAAUUUUACGUCGCUUAAUAAACCUUCUUCUCCCACUGGACUUCAUGAUACAUUUACGCUUUUUCCUAGGAAAGUUAAAAUUGGACAGAACAAGGUUCUAGCCAUCCUAACAGAACCCUUGGUGAAAAAUGACUGGAUUAAAAUUAAAAUUGAGAAAACCAACGACAUAAUAGAAAUCACCAAUAUAAAACGAAGAAAUCCUUACACGAUUCAAUUUAGUAUUCCUGAUUCCUGUAUGGAAAUUUCAAUGAUGAUCGGUGUAAGAUUAGAAAAAAAUAAUGUCGACAUAGGCAGCCGACCCCUAAAAUGUGAAAGCCAGUUUCGUGAGCUAGAACAAAUUUUAAAAACACAGGAUGCACCAUUGGAGUUUUUGUGUCAAGCUGUCGGAAUUUCUGUUCCUGAUCGCGACAAACUGGACUCACAUCUUCUGCAAGCAUUCCAAAUCAAUGUACCCACACAUUUUCAUUUACUCAAUCAUUUGGAUAGUGAAAAAAAGCUGAAAUCUCACAGAGAAUUAAGUCCGGAGGAGUAUCCAUCACUGCUACAUUUUGCGGCAUAUUGGGGAUUAGAACGUUUAUGUCUUCAACUGUUAGAGUGCCCAGGAGGAGACAUUGCAUGUGAGAUGAGAAACAUAUCCGGUCGUACACCAGGUGACUUGGCCGAAUUUGGAGGACACUAUAAGCUAGCAGAUAGCAUUAAAAAUUUCUCAAAAAUGCACGAAUUCUCCACCAUGUAUCAUUACUUCAAAGGUAUUAGUGACCUUUCUCCCAACAAAGUGGUUAUAGAACCCAUGUCCCCAUCAAAUGGUCUUAGCGCUAAAUCCUUCAAAACAUCAUCUUCCAUUGCAAUGCCCUCUGAACAAUCAAAGCAGCAAUUGCAAAAUGAAGGUUACAUGGAAAUGAAUGCAAGCGGCAGCGAUGCGGAAUCCAUAAACAGUGAAACGUUGAAUUCAGUUGCAAAUUUAAAUUAUCUGAUGGUGGAUACAGCUCGCGAUGUCGAAAAUGAAAUCAGUCAUAUGAUAGAUAAUAAGGAAGUCGAAAAAGACAAAGAAAUAGUAAAUAAUUUGAAUAAUGAUAUGUUCAGUCAGGAAUGUUCGAAUUUGCUAGAGAAUUGUAAUGAUUCUGUAAACAAUGAUAUAAAUUACUUGUUGCAACCAUCCAACGUACCAGUUGAAGAUAUCGACGCAGAUAGAAACUAUUUACUUCAACCUUCCAAUAUACCCAUUCAUGAGUAUGAUAAUACUAAUUACAAGAAUAAAUAUCAACAGAUACCAAAUAAGCAAUCAAAUGUCCCCGAUACUGGAAAAGAACCUUCGCAUCUUCGAUUGAGCUUCAAGAAAAAAGAACAAAGUAUAGAAACUAAACCAAAGAUAGCGUCUUUUCAAAGGCAAGAAAGUAACAGUUCCAAAAAAUCCGUUGACGAUGAGUUAUUAGAAAUAAUUACAGAUUUUAAAAAUAAUGUGUUUACUAUCCAAGAAGUUGAGCAACUAGUUCAGGCCUGGAAAUCUCGUAAUGAUGUCCAGCAAAGUUUCAAAGAUAAGCAGGAACAACUUCAAAUGAUGCGACAAGAGUACGAAAGAAUACAACAGCAAAUAAAAGAAAAGUCAAAAAGACCAAAUCCGUUUGAAACUAUGAAAAAAAUUUUCUCUCGGAAUAAAAAUCCUAGUUCUAAAAAAGAGGAUUCUAAUAGUUUUCAAAAUGUUUGCGAGAAUGGUAAAUUGCUAAUUGAUACUCCGUUGCAUCAAUCGAUGAGGCCUGUAAGUUCUUCAAGCAAUCACAGUAUUUCUAGUAAUUCGUCUGGUCGAAUAGGCGCUCCGAGUAGUGCCAAUGUUGGUGACAAUGCUACUCAUUCUGAUUCCGAGGAACAAUUAGGUGCCAUUGCAACUACCAGUGGUGGUAAUAGAAUUUAUAAGCAGAACAGUUUAUUGGAAAAUUACAUGAUUCCCCCUGUACCGCGGCCUGUUGUUACAACGCCAACGACACCUCAGAACGAAUACAUUAAUCAAUUCACAAGUAUUAUCGCUGAUGAACAUUACACUAUUUUUCCUUCUAAUAUCCCAGUGGUCAAUGAUAAUUCAAUUCAAUUUGCAAACAAUUGUUCAGUAUUAGGACCCAUAGAUGAGAAUUAAGAAACGGACAAAGGAGUGCAAUUAAAAAUACAAAAAUAUGAUUUCAUUUACCAAAUGAAUAUAAAUCGGACUGAAGUUACGUUGUUCUUAUCACGAGCGAUGAAGAACUGCGUAAUCUCUAAGAAUUAUACGACCAAAGCCUGAAAUGCUCAGAAAUCAAAAUAUUUUAUUCAAAGUAAGAUUAUAAACAAAUUUUUAACAACGUGAGCAGAAUAACUAACUGUAAAAGCCACAGAGUCAGUUGCAACUACAAUUCUACAACAAACUAACAACGAAUACUAAUAUCAUCAGUAUCAACGUGCCUUACAUCAAUGGAAAUCAAAAAUUCAGCAUUAUCAACAGAUUUCUGAACGCUUACGAGAGAAGCGGUACUAGUCCAGACACGUACCAAAAACCGAAUUUAUACUUACGCUAGCAUCUUCAGUACGUGCAGCCGCCAUACCGAUUUACAACUAAUCUCAUUAAAAAUUUACGAUAACGGUAUAGUAUUCAAAAGAUUAAAAAUCAUCAGUUUAGCUACAUCAAAUAUCGAUUUCAUAUUCUUAUGAUCAAAAUCACUACCGGUCUUACCUUUUACUUAUACAUAAUCACACAAACAUGACAACAUGACAAUAUUUUUAUAUAGGAUAGACAAUAAUAUUUGUAUUACUAUUCAUUAUAAAGCACAAAAUUAUUUUAUUUCAAAUGAUAUAUUCAAAGUCCAUGAUGUCCAGAUGCAGUCUCUAUUAGAGACAAUUUUAUAUUAACAGAGGUAAAUAAUAAAUAUAUUUUUAAAUAUAAUAA